GUACAAUCUGCAAUGCGUCCACUGCUCUUAAAAUUGGGCGAUCACAGAAAUUUGUCUAUACCAGCAAUAAAACGCUUAUCUUAUUUUACGCAAUUAUUUCCGGAAAUGUUUAAUGAGAAGUUAAGUGAACAAAUAUUGCAACACUGUUCAAAAAUUAUUGAAAUAUUUGUGGGAGACUAUAAGUGCACAAAUCAAAAUAUCAACUUUUUUGCAUCAUCAAAGGGCGGAGAGUACGAACUUAAAAUUGUCACACUAGUCGAAAUGUUUUCCCAUAUCUCAGCAUCAGAAAAAUAUAUUGAAAAGUUAUGCCAACUCGUCUUAAAAACAGAAAAAAAUCUGAUGAUUGAGGCAUCAAGCCCAUAUCGAGAACCGCUUCUAAAGUUUCUUCAACGUUUUCCAGCAGAAACAGUGGAUUUAUUUUUAAAAGAAUCUGUUAUGAUGGACUCUCAAUGGAAUCGUUUUUUUAUAUAUGUUUUAAAGCACAAAAUGGGAUCAACAUUUCGUUUAGCUAUAAAAAACAGUAAAUAUAACAAAUUAUUAAUUUACUUAAACUUCAAUUCCGACUUACUACAAACACAUAAAUAUGAAGUUCAUCACCAAGCCGUUUUAAUAAUUUUUACGUUAAUGGAAAUAGAUGAUCAAUGGAUUCCGACGCGACGAGACAUUGUAGACGCCCUCAAAAAUUGCUGGCAGAGUAAUUUAUAUUCCACAUGCGCUGAAAACGUAGUUUGUGAUUUAUGGCAUUUAAUUGGAAGAAUACUCUUGCUUUAUUUUUCAAACAACACAAAUGAUAUUGAACUGCUCUUUCAAUUAUUAAAAGCAUUAUGCUUUCGCUUUAUACCUGAUGUUUACUUCUUACGAGAUUUCUUGCAAAACACAGUUGCUCAAAGCUUUACCGUUAACUGGAAACGAAACGCAUUUUUUUAUUUUGUUGAAAAUUUUAAUAACAACACAAUUUCAGAAGAGCUGAAAGCGAAAAUUAUUUCAGCUGUUAUUAUUCCUUGUUUUACUGUAAGUUUUGAUAAAGGCGAAGGAAACAAACUAAUUGGCGCUCCGCCGACGCCAUAUCAAGAAGAUGAAAAAAAUAUUGUUUCCGUCUUUAUUAAUAAAGUUUUUGACCCGGAUAAACAAUAUGAAGAUGCAGUUAGAAUUGCUCUGUUACAGCUUGCCUGUUUAUUGGUAGAACGCGCAUCUCAGCACAUACAUGAUGGAGAUGCUAAUAAUAAGCGGCAGGGUAAUAAGCUUCGGCGUCUCAUGACCUUUGCUUGGCCCUGUUUACUUAGUAAGAAUUCGGUGGACCCAACUGCACGAUAUCAUGGUCAUUUAUUGCUUGCGCAUAUAAUAGCUAGAUUGGCAAUUCAUAAAAAAAUAGUUUUGCAAGUAUUUCAUUCGUUGCUUAAAGGACAUGCAUUAGAGGCUAGAUCUAUAGUUAAACAAGCUCUCGAUGUACUAACACCAGCUAUGCCGUUGCGAAUGGAAGACGGAAACACUAUGUUGACACACUGGACAAAAAAAAUUAUCGUUGAAGAAGGCCAUGCAAUGCAGCAGCUGUUUCAUAUAUUACAACUUAUAAUUCGUCAUUAUAAAGUAUAUUUUCCUGUAAGGCAUCAACUAGUGCAACACUUAAUAAAUUAUAUGCAGCGCUUAGGAUUUCCUCCUACUGCGUCUAUUGAACAUAAGAAACUAGCUGUGGACUUAGCAGAAGUAAUUAUAAAAUGGGAGCUUCACCGCAUUAAAGAGGAUGAGCGAGAAACCAAAGCUGAUGGAACCGAUGAAGAAUUCUUGCAGGAAAGCUCAAUAAAACGGACAGGAAUCGAUUCGGUGGAAACUCGAAAAAAAGUCUUUUGACAAUAUAAGAGAUUC